AUGGGACACUAUUGGUUGAGACGUCUUGCCGUUGCGGCCUCCGCACCAGUUCUUGCUCGUCAUGUGUUGGCGCAAAAUGGAACAGCCAUAGGCAUCGCCGUAGACGGCACGUCUUUUGCCCUAAAUGGCGACCAUUCCUCCUACCGCUUCCAUGUAGAUGAGCUGACGGGCGACCUCUUGUCUGACCACUUUGGAGGGUCUGCGACAGAGAGCAUGGAAAUGCUGCCCCCGCAAAUCAAUGGCUGGGUUGACAUGAUCGGCCGGGUUAGACGAGAGUACCCCGACCUUGGACGUGGAGACUUCCGGGUCCCUGCAAUACAAAUCCACCAGUCUGAAGGGUACACGGUCAGCGAUCUCCAGUACCGAUCGUACAGAGUAACGGCAGGGAAGCCUGGCUUGCCUGGUCUUCCGGCGACAUUUGGGACCGACGAUGAUGUCUCUACUCUGGUCGUUUCGCUUUACGACAACUACAGCUCCAUUGCCGUCGAUCUUUCAUACUCGAUCUUCCCCAAGUAUGACGCCAUUGUUAGAAGUGUCAACAUCACCAACGAAGGCGAGGUUAACAUCACCAUAGCGAAGGCCGCAAGCCUUAGCGUCGAUUUGCCAUUUGAAGACCUGGAGAUGAUCGAGCUGAGAGGAGACUGGGCCAGGGAAGCUAUGAGAGUCCGAAGAAAAGUUGGCUAUGGUACUCAAGGCUUUGGGAGCACGACUGGGUACUCAUCACAUCUCCACAACCCCUUUUUGGCGCUUGUCUCUCCGGAAACUACCGAGUCGCAAGGCGAGGCAUGGGGGUUCUCCCUUGUCUAUACAGGCUCGUUCUCCGUCGACGUCGAGAAAGGGUCUCAGGGUUUCACUCGUGCCAUGCUCGGCUUCAACCCCUACCAACUCUCGUGGCCUCUUGGACCUGGGGAGACUUUGACUACUCCUGAGGUUGUCGCUGUGUACUCGGAUGCCGGAGUCGGUGGCGUGUCCCGGAAAUUCCAUCGUCUCUACCGCAACCAUCUCAUGAGAGGCCAGUUCGUCAACCAGACUCGUCCAGCACUGCUUAACAGCUGGGAGGGCCUCUACUUUGACUACAACGAGAGCACCGUCUACGACCUGGCCCAGGAAGCGGCUCAACUUGGCGUCAAGCUCUUUGUGCUGGACGACGGAUGGUUCGGUCAGGAGUACCCCCGGCUGAACGACACAGCCGGUCUCGGCGACUGGGAAGUUAACCCGCAGCGCUUUCCCGAUGGCCUUCCAGCCCUCGUCGAUAAAGUCAACAAUCUCGAGGUCACGAAUACGUCGGAUAAGCUCCAAUUCGGCCUUUGGUUCGAACCUGAGAUGGUCAACCCCAACUCGACUCUUUACCAUGAGCACCCUGACUGGGCUCUCCAUGCCGGAAACUACCCUCGGACGCUCAGGAGGAACCAGCUUGUGCUCAACGUGGCGCUCCCAGAGGUCCAGGAGUUCAUCAUUGACUCCGUGUCCAAGAUCCUGUCUAGCGCACGCAUCUCGUACGUCAAGUGGGACAACAACAGGGGCUUCCACGAGACCCCCGUCCCAGGCAUCGGCCACUCGUACAUGCUGGGCAUUUACCACGUCUUUGAGGUUCUCACCUCUCGAUUCCCAAAUGUGCUUUGGGAAGGCUGCGCAUCCGGAGGUGGUCGCUUCGACCCCGGCGUCCUCCACUACUUCCCUCAAAUUUGGACAUCUGACAACACCGACGCUCUGGAUCGCAUCUCCAUUCAGUUCGGAACUUCCCUGGCGUACCCGCUCUCUGCCAUGGGAGCCCACGUCUCUGCGGUGCCCAACCACCUCACCGGCCGCACAAUUCCCAUAAAGUUCCGUGCUCACGUCGCCAUGAUGGGCGGAUCCUUUGGACUCGAGCUGAACCCGGCCGUGAUCUCCGCCGAAGACAAGACACAGAUUCCUCAGCUUCUGGCCCUGGGCGAGGUGGUUAAUCCCAUUGUAAUUGGCGGCGACCUUUGGCGUCUCAGUCUGCCAGAGGAGUCCAACUGGCCGGCCGCCAUGGUCAUCUCCGAGGAGGGGUCACAGGCUGUGCUAUUCUACUUCCAGGUGCGCGCGUUGUACAACCAUGCCCUGCCACGGCUUCGGCUUCAAGGCUUGGACCCGGCGGCCAAGUACUCGCUGGAUCACAACGGCACCUACUCUGGUGCUACGCUGAUGAGUACUGGAGUGCAGUACGCAUUUGAGGGUGACUAUGACAGCCGUGUUGUGCUCAUCUCGAAGAUUUGA